GUGUGGAUUUGACAUAUAAGAGCAGCACGCGAUGCUCCGCGGACAAUUGUCUGACCAGAAUACAACUGACAGAUCAAUUUUGCCUAACAACUGUCAUAUUCUUUUUAGUUGAGUCUGGGCGGUUUGUGAGGUAGCCUGUAUGAUUUGGAUGCAGGCCGGUAUAUCGCCGCGCGGCCACUCAAUUCAUCAUUAAACGUUCUGUUAUAUGACUCACUCCCCAGUUCUCUUGUAGAACUUCCGACGUGCAGGAGUUAAAAUGUGUGUAUGUGUUUCUUCUCGGUUAUGGAGUAACAUAUCUUACCUGAAGUCAUGGUUCGUCCUCACAAUUCUCUGUUCGGUAUUUUUUUAUGUAAAAUCAGACUGUCCAAAGGGCGCCGUUCAGAACGUGCGGCGGUGUAUACUGACCUCCUUACCUAACUUUGGAUUGGGUCCUCCCGCCGGGGAACCUCCGAACGCCAUCAGGGAGGGGAUCGACAUGAUGAGGGAGUCCUGUGAGAACUCGAAGCUGGUUGUGGCCGCCGAGUGCAUGCAGAACAUCCUGGAUCGAUGUCGAGGUAUAACCGAGGAGGAACAACUCCUACAGAGGCUGUUUGACAAAGAUAAGAUUGUCAACACUGCCCGCUUCUUCUGUGAUAACCUGCACAUUUAUGAGAAACAUACGAAGUGUAUCACGGACCAGCAUGAGGCGGCCAGUGAGUGUAGUAUGGAGGCCAAGAUGAGUUACACGAUUAAGAUCUCCGCUAACGCCCCUAUUGAUGUCCUCAUCCUGUCUACCUGCACGUUUUUGGACGAGGCGGCAACAUGUUUAACCGGAAAUGUGGAUCUCAAUUGCGGAAAUGAGGCUGCUUCCUUCCUGGAAACCAUUCUUUUAGGAACCCGACCUCCCGCUUGCGGAGAUAAGAUGCCUAUAUAUAGUCCCAGCGACAACUCUGGAACUGAUGACGCUAACCUCCUGUCAGGAAAAACGAACUGUUGGAUAAUUUCGAUAGCUUUAACCAUCGUUUUUCAUUUGAGAUGGAGGUUUUUAUGAUAAAUAAUCUGGAGAUAUCAUACAUGGAAAUAUACUAACAAAGUUGUGAUACUUUUAUUUCUGUUACGUGAUUAAAACUCAAAGUCACGUGACAAAGGAAAUGAUAAAAAAAUAAGGAUAAGCAUUAUGACAAUGUUAUGAUUGUAUCCAAUUCAGAAACCAAAUAUAAUAUUGUAAAUGUCUGAAAACAAAGAAAGCUAAUCGGGAAGUUCCCUAACAUUCCAAUGAUAUGACGAGGCCGGACGGUCAGGCCACAUAUACCAUGGACACUAAUCAUUUACUGUAUGCUGUUUGUAUUUAUGUUAUAAAUAUGUACAGGUGAUUAACAUUGACACGGACAUCAAACUGUCUUGUUGAAUAAUUGUCAGCCAUUGCAUAUAUCGGAUCAUCAGCAACCAUUAAUCAGGAUGCAAAUAAUAUUUAAAAAAUAAAUCAAUAUUCUUUAAGAAGAAAUACGUUCGAUAGGAAGCAAAAAAAAAGGAUGGAAUAGGUUGCAGGAAAGAACAAAUAAAAAAAAUUAAGGCGAGCAUGACAAAAAUCAUAAAAACCGUGAUGGUCCAAAGCUACAGAUAACUGAACGGGAGCAGACUUCAGGUUAUAUGUACAAGUAGAGUGUAAACUUUUGUCUGAACGUCACAUAAACAAGGCUCAGUGUAAACAUCUACCUGAAUGUCAAAUGUACAAGGUAGAGUGUAACCUUUUGUCUGAAAGGCACGUGUGCAAGGCAGAGUGUAAACUUUUGUCUGAAAGGCACGUGUACAAGGCUCAGUUUAAACUAUUGAUUGCCGUAUGUACAAGGUAGAGGGUAGCAUCUCCUUGAUUGAGCAACACUACGCUCGUUCUGAUACAGAUGCAGUCUCGUUCAGUAUCGAUAGAGAGAUGUAAACAUUAAUGCUUCGAUGAGAUGAAAUAUAUUUAUCUACAGAGGAUUUUGCAAAAUGUGAAUAACCCGGUGUUUAUUAAGAGACUGUCUCUGUUUAAUUUAAUGUUUUUAAAUGUUUACCAAAUCUGGGUAUUUGGGUUAGUCCGCAAUAACAAGGUUUCACUUAUGCCAUGUUUGUGUGCAUUUUGUCCUCAAAUAAAUCAUUCAUUAAAAUAUUAAAUAGACGCGUCUUGUUAGUCUAUUCUGACGACAACCGUUGUUAAAUAAAUGCAUUCUAGUUCAGGAGAAUUUGAUAGCAGUUGUAUUCUUACAAUCUAUGCAUUCUUCGUCAGUGAGGGUGGGGAGGUAGGCUUGGGAAGAUACUGGUAGGUCACGUGAUGGGUGACAGGCUAUCUGAUGAUCUACUUACUGGAUCGAUAUAAACAGGUGAUUUUGUCAUUAAGUUAGUACAGUUUGGUCCAAAGAUGGGGCGUUGUCCUAAAUGCUAGCUAAACUUCUCUGCGGCAUACCUUUACCUAAACGAACGCAAUUAUGUGCAGCGAAUCUUGAACAGUCAUUCGUACAGGAACAAUACAGGAGACAGGUGGCCUGGAGGCCCAUUACCAUUCGUUAUCUUGUAUACUUUUUGAGAUAUGGUAAAUUCGUGAACAUUUGGAUUCUAAUAAUGUGAAUAUCAAUAACACAUUUUUUUAUGUAUUUUCGUGAGUGAUCCAAAACAAUAUACUCAACAGUGUAGCAAAGGACAACUGUGUGAGCGAAAUAGUUCUGACAAGAUGCCCUAACUUUAAAACGUUAAACUCUCUCUUGUUUUUCAAAAAUGGAUUAAUGUCUAGUUCGUAACGUUUUUUCUUGUUAUGCUUGGAGACGAAACUGAUAAUGAAAGCGUCUAAAAUUAUUCAAGCAGACAUAAUCUGAUUUGUACAGUUGUACAGUUGAUUUGAUUUGGAAAUAUAUACGUAAAAUGUUCAUCUUCCUGCACAAGGUAUCUUUUCUUGUAUUGGACGAAACCAUUGGAUAUAAAUAGAAAUCUGAGAAUAACACGAUAUAUAUGAUACUAAAUGUUUCUCUGUACUUAACAUUAAUCAGGAGAGACACCUAAAGCUUUACACGUGUUAGAUUCGCUCUGUGAUGCCAAGUAUUUUGUCUCAGAUAUUUACCGAUUGGUUUUUUCUUCCUGUACAGUAAUAUAAUUGACGUUUUGUUUAUAUAUAUAGUCAAGAUUGUCUUUAUAUAUUAUGAUUUUGAUCACUUUAAUUAUUGUAUUUUGUAAAUGCUUUUUCUAUAAUAAAUUGUUCCCGAUAGAA